AUGACCCUCAUCCUGCAUUGUGAUGAGGUGACAAUACUGGAGGAUAAGAUCAAUGCCCUCAUUAAAGCAGCGGGUGUAAAUGUCAAACAUUUAUGGCCAGGCCCUUUGCAAAGACCCUGGCCACAGUCUGUCUAUAUGGGGAGCCUCAUGAGCAAUGUAGGAGCUGGUGGACCCGUCCCAGCAACUGGUGCUUUACCAGCAGCAAGUCCUGCUCCUUCCACCACUGCUGCCCCAGCUGAGAAGAAAAUGGAAGCAAAGAAAGUAGAAUCAGAGGAGUCUGAUGAUGACAUGGGCUUUGAUCUUUUUGACUAA